AUGUCUACAGGUUAGUAUAAUAAUUAAAAACGUCCAAUAUUAUUGUAUCUUCGUACAUAAAUUAAAUAUUUUAUGUAACUGAGAUAGUAUUGGAAUAAUAAUAAUAAUCAAUUUUAGUAUAAUAACCUCCUGUUAAAGCGAUCGCAAGUGAUUUUAAAAAUGUUUUUCAAUUUUAUAAAAUUUGAAAAUUAUAUUUUACGUUUAAUGAUCCACUUACCUACUAGUCGAUACCCAUUUAAGGGGAAGGGGUUUAAUGGUUUUUGCUGACAAAUAUGACGUUUCAAACACAUUGUGAGUUAGAGUGAAAUUCACCCACUACCGCUUGCCUAAUUUCAACUUUGAAAACAUAUUUGAAUUCUUUGAUUUCUUGUCUACGAACAUGAUCCAAUUUACAUUUUUGUAAAUUUGUUCGUUGUUUUAUUUACUUAAUUCACGAUAAAUUUACUUUUCUUUUCUUAAUAUAAACUCGUACUUUAAAGUAUCGCGGAAAAAAAAUAAAAUUUUUUCCUACAAAGUAUAGAGAAAUAGAAGUAAAAUCAUUUUUCAAAAUAAAAAUUUGAUUAUUGGAAGUAUUUUUAUUUUAUUCCAGCUUACCGAUCAAUAUGUGUGCUAAUAACCUUAAGAUAAAAAUAAAAAUAAUACAUCAAUCUAGUCAAAAAGUAUAAACAUUUAGGUGGUAGUAGUGCAAGUAUAGAAAAUGGGGAAGAAAUAAUUAUUUCACAUUUCAGAAACUAUGUUUGUCAGUCUGUUUGUUUAAAUAAACAUUAUUAUGAGUAGGUAAACUUUUUUUUUUUAUAGAAAUAAAUGAAAAACCAACUAUGCCAAUCAACAAAGCAUACCGGUUGUUUAGGUCGAAUCCGUCCGAAGUAUUGGACUUGUGUAAACUCGUGGAAAUAGUCGUCGGCCGCGUGUACUUUGCGGCUUACUCGAAGCACCGACGUCAUCCAGACACGACGGAAUUACAUUUUUUCAGUUUCGACAGAAUACCGCUGGACUUGGGAGGCUUGGCCGAAUACGUCCAAUGUUUAAAUGGUAAAAUGUUCGAUCACCGGUAUCAUUCCAAGACCCUCGUGCACUACUGCGGCCUCGGUGCGAUCGAUAGUAAUCUUUGUCGGGACUAUUACAACAACGCGGCGCUACUCGUGGGCACUUACGCGGUAAACACACGAUAUUUUAUUCUUCUUCUACAUCGUGUUCAUCCCAACUAUAUGGGGUCGCCAACCCCGUCCUAAACUUUCACUUGACCCGGUCUCCCACCUCACAUACACCGGCUAUCCUUAUAUCAUUCUUAAUCGCACCCAACCACCUAUUUUUCUGUCUUCCUUUCCCUCUCUUUCCUCCUACGUUUAUUUUCAUUAAAAUUUGUAUUACUUCUGAUUCCUCUUUCCUCAUGAUAUGCCCAAACUUUCUCAAUAUAUUUCCUGUCAUUUUUCUUCUAUCUAAGCUACCUCUUAUAUACUCAUUCCUUAUCCUAUCAUCUCCCGUCACUACAUUUACCCACCUAAACAUUCUCAUCUCUGCUAUACUCACUUUCUGGUCAUCGCCCAACACUCCGAAUCAUACAAUAUAUACAAUAUAUACAAUAUAUUAUAUUACCUAUAAGUCUUAUUGAAAUUUCCAUAUCACAUAAAACACCUUGUUUCCACUUAAUCCAACCACACAUAAUUCUAUGUUUCACUUCCUUGUAAAAACACAGUUAUUUUCUUCAAUAGAUCCUAAGUACUUAAAACUGUCAACCUCGAUUAUUAUGUCACCGUUUAUUCUCGUUAGCUAUCUUAAUCUGUUCCUCCAAACUCAUACACUUUAUACUCUGUUUUACAACUACUUAUCCUUUAGUCCCUUUCUUUCAAGUAUUACUCUCCGUUCCUCAAGUCUAUCGCUAACUUCUUACAGAUUUUCUCCUUUUAAAGCUAUACCAUCUCUAAACAUCAUUAGAACUCCUCAUACUGUUUGAAAGAAUUGUAUACCGGCUAUCAACCUGACUACCCCAUUUGUCAUCUCUUACGACAGAUAGUGGUACCAUGGGAGUGUUCUAAACCCCUCUCACAGGGAGAAUGGUGUUAUCAACUAUAAGGUAAAUUCCUCCAUUCUACGGAAACAAUACUAUAUUAUACCUACUGGAAUCAUCCACCUAGGUUUUACACUAGUAGAAACUCAGAUUCGCUAACCCGUAUAUGCCUUCCUGAAGUAACGCGAUAUGUUUGUAUAUUUUGUUUUACUAUCUCGAAAAAUCGGACGAAUCGUGGACAAAAAAACGAACAAAAUAACAGUUUCCACCUCGCCAACCGGAUUUUGACCAGGACUCGUUUUCUCGUUGUUCUGUGACGUUUCCUCAAGUGCUGCUGGUUAACUUGAUGCACUUAUAUAUUUUAUCUCCAAACCCUAUUCCCAAAACAGCGCAGGCGUAGUUGUAGAACCGUUAUAUGGCUUCUGCUUUCCAUAUAUUCCAGCAUACUUUAUAAUUAAUGAAUAUGACAGGGGAACAAGAAAAUAUAAAAUAAAUAUAAAUUAUUUUGAAUGGAAAAUUAUCAGAUUAAUUAUUAUUAUAUGUAUUAUAUUAUAACCUUAAUGAUGAUGAUGAUAAAUAUAAAAAAUAUUAUACUCGGUCAACUAUCAGCUACCUAUUUAUUUUAGAUUUCCGUAAAACAAAUGAAACCGUUAAUCAUUUAUGAGCUAUUAAAAAGUACCAUUGACCAGAAUAAUUCAGUUUUCGGGGGCGACAAAACUACGUGCAUUGACCUGUACGAUUGUUUGAAUGUUAUUUACAAAGCAGUCAAGUACAAGUUCGUGGACUUUAACACAUUUAGCUGUCAAGAGUAUUACCGGUCUCGUGAUUUAACAUGGAUAGUGCCGGACAAGUUUAUCGCCUUCCGGGGUCCGAUCGAAAAAUAUCCAGGUCAGCGAAACGAUCUACAAUAUUACGUUAAAUACUUCCAAAAUAAUAACGUCAGGACAGUGAUCAGACUGAACUCACCUACAGAUUAUAAUAGCUCUUGGUGAAUAUAUAUACAUGUUGUGAUAAUAUUAAUAAAAAAAAAAUAAAUAUUUUUGUACUAAUACAUCUUGCAAGUGUCCUUUUUGAAUUUUCAAAAAAAUCAUCGUAAAAUAGUAUCGUAAGAAAAAAAAAAUCAAUAAUAGCCGUUAUACCUAUAUAGGUUUUCUAACUCCAAUAUCGAACACGUUGAUCUGUAUUUCAAAGACGGUUCGACACCGUCAAACGUUGUUUUGCAGACUUUCCUUAACAUAUCGGAACGGCACGAUGGGGCAAUAGCGGUACACUGUAAAGUCAGUAGAUUUUUUUUUUUUUUUUCAUUACAUUCAUCGUAAUCGCAUUAAAAAUUAUUCAUACGUACUGGAAGGCCGGUCUGGGAAGAACGGGAACAAUGAUCGCGGCCUACUUGAUCCAGCACUACCGAAUGACGGCUCACGAAUCCGUCGCCUGGAUGAGAAUGUGUCGUCCGGGUUCCAUAGCAGGAUCGCAACAAUCGUUUUUGGUCGACAACGAGUUAAUGUUGUGGGAAAAAGGAGACGAAUUCCGGUGAGGAAAAUAUAAUAUGAUUAUUGUACGGAUAUACCACACCAUGGUUAAUCAGUGUGUUUAGGAGGAGUGUUUUAGAGAGGUAUAUCCAAGGUGUCUGGCCUAACUGGACUAAUUUAGGGGAGCGAGAUUAAUUGCAUUUAAUCGAUUAACGAAACAUAUGAAUUAUAUUUAAAACUAAUAAUAAUACACGUACACCAUAAUAAAAUAAGGACUUAAAAUUAUUUAUUAAGCCAAUUUUAUAUUAAAGAAGUAGCAGUUUAAAAAAAAUUAAUAUUUACCCGAAAACCCAAAUGAAAUACUUGUAAUUGAGUUUACCAAAUUUCAACUAUGAAAACGGAUUUGAUUUGAUUAAAAGCCUAUAAAUUCAACAAUUUUACUGUGUUUUAAUUGAGGUGAUUUGGAAAUUUAGAAUAUUCCAAAAAUUGUUAGUUAUGUUCGCUAUUGACUAUUGUGAAUGUUACAAGUUAUUAAUAUAUAUUGUGGAGACGUUCAAUCCCUUAAGAUAUAGUUUCCCUGAAUUUAUUUUGCACCUUAGAGUAGCCGUUCCUAUUAUAUUGAAUCUGACUACUUCAGUAAAUACUCUUUGUGAGAUUACGGGGCAUAUGAUUAAAUUUUAGCAAAAUGCUUGUCAGUGGAUUUAGACCUUUUCAGGAUUUUGACCUUGUUGGGAUUUGGAUUCUGGCAUAUAAAGAGGUUAGUGCAUUCACAGCCAAGACCUUUUUCGUGUCAUAUGCUGUCACCCUCUUUGCAUCUGCAAAAGUAUUAGAUUAUCUAAUCUAAUACCAGGACACUUGCAAUCAUUGAAUAAAAUUUAACACAAGCAAGAUGUAUGAAUGCAUGGUUAAAUACUUUAUAAAUUAAUUGAUGACUGUGUUGGGUAUUCCAGAUAAUAUGAUUUUUACUAAUGUGUGAAAUUCGUUUAGAUAUUGGAAGUAUAUCAAGUCAUUAAAUGUCAUUUAUGUGACUUUUGCUUUAUAACCGAAUAAAACGCAAUUCACUUGCAAAUUAUACCCAUCUAGAGACGUAAUUUAUAGGAUAGAUCCAUGUUUGUUGUCCGAAAUAGUGGUUCUAAUUGGAAACUUGACGAGUUGGAAAAUUUAUUAUCGAAUUGACACUAGGGGUGGUUUCUAUUUCGGAAAAUAAAUCGUACCUACGUCACGGUAUAAUAAAAUCGCUUUAAAUUAAAAUCGAAACAAAAGUUCGUACCUAUUUUAAAACCGUUAUGAGCGCUAAAAUAAAAUUGGAAACCAGCACACGGAAAUAACAAUGCAUUUCUUUUGUACACGUUUAGGAGAAAGGAAUAACAAAGUUACAUAUUUGAAUUUAGAUAACGCACCGAUCGCAAUGAAGAUCGAGACGAAAUAUUAACAUUAACAAAUAAAAAAGACGUACUAGGAUAAUGAUGACAGAUGCAGCCACUGUUAUAGAUAAUUUAAUGUAUACCUGUAAGCAACAAUAAACUAUUGGUUAUGAAAAAACGAUUCUGAGUGGAGUUCAGUUGAUAGUAAUACUUAUUAAUAAUAUAUAUUAUGUCAUAUUUUAGUAAAAUAAUUUAAAUAGGCUUUAUAUAUUUUCUUUAACAAUAUAUGUUUAAUGUUGUACCGAUUUUCCCAGUUUUCCUACGUUUUUCAAGGUUUCCUCAUGUUUUAUCUCGGUUUUUCACAUAUGCUGAGAAAAUCAAAAAAUGACCUCCCUAGAAAACCUUUCCAGUCAAAUUUUUUUUCAGAAAAAUUACUAUCAUUAAUAGUUGGAGCAAAAUUGCAAUUGCUGGUAGAAAAGUUUUCCACAGAAAAAAAAAAUCGUAGAUUAUAUUUAUUAUAUUUCGAAAAUUUCUCUUUUUUCUCGGCUCUUCGCAUUUAAUGAUAAAACUAUUGAGAAAAUCAAAAAAUUACCUUCUUAAAGGACCUCCCCACACCGAUUUCCUUUCAGAAAAGGUGCUACACAUAGAAAUUCAAGCAAGUCUUCUGGUAUAAAAUUUGUGUACAAUUAAAAAAAAAAAACAUAUUUGUAAACCCAUAAGUUUCUUCGCUCCACUCAGAAUCUAAAAUAAGUGAGAAUUUUAGAGACACCAGCAAAGGUUUAUUUAACAAAGGGAUAUUUAUACGUGCAUGUAAAGUUGUAGCCGACCGUAGUCACCCCACACGGGGGAUUUGAUAAAAAAAAAAAAAAAUACUUAGCCAACUUGGGACUUUUUAUCGGAAUAAAAUUCUGAACGUUCGUUCACUAGAACGAUAAUUGAUAGUCGUCGAUGAAGACAAUCGAGCCGCGGCUUUCGGCCGUUACAUAAAAUUAUCGAUAAAUCCAUUGAUUUCUAUACUGACAAGCAUUCCUUCAUUAAACAUACCUUUACAAUUUACACACACAAUAUUAUCCGCUUCGUCAAACCGAACGGGACAGCAAAUGGGAGAUCGCCUAGUGUAGCAGUGUCGUCAAAUGCUCAUGGAGUGACCUUGUCGUGACGUUUAAUACCUAUCAAUGCCGAUGAUUUGCUAGCGCGCGUUAUAAUAUUUUUUAUACUUAUUUUUGUCCAUUACAAGUUAUAUUAUAUUUCUUGUUUGCCAUUUUUUUUAGAAUAGUUGAUUCUCAUGAGCAAAGAGUGGCUGUGAAGUUCUGUUUUUUACUGGGUAAAGACACAGCGGAAACGGUUAAUCUUUUAAAAACUGCUUAUAAAGAUGAUGCAUUCGGGAAAACCCAAGUUCAUGAAUGGUUUACGCGUUUCAAAAACGGUGAACUGUCGAUUGACCACCUUCCUGACCUCAGUCGUCCAUCAACCUCGCAACACGACAAACAUGUUGAACAAAUUCGAGUUCUCGUGUACGAAGAUCGUCGGCGGACAAUUCAAGAACUCUCAGAACUUUCUGGGAUAAUAUGUAACUCCGUUCAACGAAUUCUAACCGAGGUUUUGUUGUUGAACUACAUAGCUGAAAAAUGUGUGCCGCAAUUGUUAACAGUGCUACAAAAAGAAAAUCGAACUCAAUUUUGCAGUAUGUUAAAGGACCACUUUCAAUCUGAUCCAAACUUCUUUUCAAAAAUCAUUACCGGUGAUGAGCUAUGGUAUUACGGUUAUAAUCCGGAAAUAAACCAUCAGUCCAGUAAAUCGAAGCACGUGAAUUUCACACGUCAGAUUAAAUCGGAUGUCAAGAUAAUAUUGAUAUGUUUCUUCGAUGUGAAAGGAAUUGUACACUCGGAAUUCGUUCCCCAGUAUCAAAUAGUAAAUCAAGUAUUUUAUUUGGAAAUUUUGGAGCGAUUGCGAAACAGCGUACGGGAUAAACGUCCAAAUUUAUGGCAGUCAGGUGAAUGGUUCUUUCACCAUGAUAAUGCCUCUGCCCAUACGGCCAUCUCUGUACGUCAGUUUUAUACAAAAAAUUACAUGAUCCCCUUAUCCCAUCCACCAUUCUCACCGGAUCUCGCUCCUUGCGAUUUUUUUCUGUUCCCUCGAAUGAAAAGGUACCUCAAAGGAAAACAUUCUGUGGAAGUAAACGAAGUCGAACAAAAAACGCUGGAAGUGCUGAAAGAUAUCAAAGAAAAUGAAUUUCAAAGAUGCUUCGAACAAUGGGAAAUGAGAUUAGAAGAAUGCAUUAACUCCAAUGGAGAGUAUAUACUUUAAAGGGGGAAAAAAUAUACGAAUAAAAAAAAUCAAUAAGAUUGAUUUCAUAGCGAAGUUUUGGAGUUUAUUUGAAUAGUGACUCUUAUAAUCUUAUAGUAGACCAUACACGUACAUGGUACCUACAUGUUUUUAUUUUCCAAAAACUGAUCAUUUUAACACCAU